AUGGAAGAUAGAGGAAACCAAGAUGGAGAAAUUGAAGAAGGAAUGAUAGGUCAAGAAAGUUAUGAUGAUAUUAGAGAAAGAACCAAACAAAGGGAGUUAGAAAAAUUAGAAAGAGAAAAGGAGAGUCAAAACUACAGAUACAAUAAAAGAGAUUUCGACAGAAGAGAUAAUCAUUAUAGAGACCGUAACAGGGAUGGACAUAGAGAUGGACACAGAGAUAGAGAUAGAGAUAGAGAUAGAGAUAGAGAUAGAGAUAGAGAUAGGGAUAGGGAUGGAUAUAGGGAUGGACAUAGAGAUGGACAUAGAGAUGGACACAGGGAUAGGGAUAGAGAUAGAGACAACAGAAAUAGAGAUUUAAGAGACAACAGAAGUAGUAACAGAGACUUCAAUAGAAAAGAUAACCAUAGAGAUAAUGAUAGAAGGGAUAAUGAUAGAAGAGAUAAUGGCAGAAGAUCCCAUUCAAGAUCAAGAUCCAGAUCAAGAAGUAGAGAACGUGAUAGAAAAAGACAAAGAGAUCAUAGUAGAUCAAGGUCAAGAUCAAGAAGUAGAGAUAGAAGAGACGGUGGUGAUAAUGGUAGUAAAUCAAAUAAACAAAAUGAUAAGAAUAAUAAACCACCCUCAAAUGAUAAAUCACAACAAACCAAUGACAAAAAGAAACAAAAUCAAUCAACUAAAGAAGGUGAUCAAUCAAAUAAUAAUAAUAAUAAUAAUAAUGAAAAUGAGGAGGAUGAAGAUGACGGAUUAGAUCCUGAAACUAGAGAAAUGAUGAGACAAAUGGGUGUACCCGUUAAUUUCUCUUCAACAAAAGGAAAAAAGGUUGAAGGAAACUCACAAGGUGGUACAAAACUUCAAUUUACAAGAGAGUAUAGACAAUUUAUGAACAAAAGGUAA